AUGAUUCUUCCCUUCUCAAUUUUUCUGAUAUGUGUUACAAGUCAAACUGCAGCGCUUGACUUUAUCCGCCAGCAAUUUGAGUGAGAUUAUGAGGUGCAAAUUUUGAAAAUAUUUUCACCUUUAUUUCAGGGUAAUCGAUCAAUUUUCGGAUCCAUGUGACAACUUCUAUCGCCACGCCUGUCCAGUAGGCGAUUAUGAGUGGUUGUUGGAGGAAUUCUACGGACCAGUACUGAACGAGUACAAACAGGAACAGAAAGAUCGAGUCUGGGAGAACCUGGAGUUCAAGGUUUGUUAGCGAAACAGUAUCAAAACAGGGUAAUUGUAAUCAUUUCCAGAAAAGUCUGGAUGGCGUGAAGAUUGCCGAAAUUCCAGCUACACUUGGGGAAAACAUUGUUCACUAUUUCGAGACGCUGUGAGAUUUUUAAUGUGCUUGUGCAAACUCAGAAUAAAAUUUUCAGAUGUGAAGCUGGAAGUGACACGAAAGUAUUCCUUUUAAAGGUCGAAAAAGUGCUCUCACGUGGAAAAGAAUGCGAUGAGCGCGGGUGUUUGUCACCUUUGGCGGGAGAUUUGAAUUGCACUCGAGCCGCUUCUGAUCUCACUCAACGCAUUCAUCUUAACGGAAUGUUACAAUCUUGGUCCUCGUCUUUGAUCGCGUUCCUUAAAACGGAGUUUGAUCUAUCGAUGGAUAGCAUCAGAAGUAUUAACGCAAUUCUUGAUGCCGAUUUGAGAGGCGGUGUUGCUCUUAUCAAAGAGUUCACGAGAGCUAUGAUUGAGAGUUUGGUAGAAAAAAUCAAGGUUUCAAUGUUUCAGACAAAUUAUCCACUCGUUGUUUGUGUUUUUAGGAAACUCCAUGGGUCCAAAGACAGGGAGUCGAAGCAGCGAUUGAAACGGUGGCAAAUAAAAUCCAGCUCGGCGAUAACUUUGGGCUCGAGUUGAGAGACCACAUUGAACACGUGAUGACUAUUGAGACGGAUUUCCUGAAAUGUUUGAAAGAUAUCCCAGGCCAAGAUUUUCUGUGCUUGUUGUUUGCGGCGAUGAACGUCAAGAAGAUGAAAGAAAUACACUUUCCGUCAUUUAUCAACGCUCAAAACGAUCACCCUACCAUUUUAUUCGGCCUGCCUUUAUUUGAUUUGGCUCAAAAUGUCGAAGAAAUGGCUGCCAAGGUUAGUUUUAUUGGAAUAAUGUUUGAAAAACGUCUGUUUUUAUAGCUCGGAGUCGUUGGAAUGGUAACCGGACACGAAAUCAGUCACUCUCUGAUUGAAGACCCGAACAGACAAGAUCUGCUGCCAGUGUUUUCACAGGAAGCAACGCAAUGCAUCCAGAAUCAGUUCAACAAUACAUGCACUGAGUUUGUUGAGGUAUUUUUCUGCUCUUUUUCCAACCCGACCAAAAACUUGGUUUCAUAGGAAUCGUGUUAUGUUGCCGAUCAUCAGAUUGACGAGAAUGGAUCGGAUAUUCUGGGGUUGCAGCUGGCUUAUGAGUUGUUUGAAACCUAUUACAGAGAUACCGCACAGGUUUAAAAUAAAUGCUCUGCAAAAACGGAAAAUCAAUUUCAGGAUGAGUACGUUCGGUUGAAUCACAUCAGCAUCACAUAUCAACAACUCUUCUUCUAUGCCAAUGCUUUCUUCUUCUGCGAAGUAAUCUCCCAAAAAGCACAGGAACGUUGUUCAAAAAUCGGAAAAAUUUCAGGGAACUCCUGGAAAAGCAGACUCGCAUGACACUCAUUCGAUUUUUGGCAUUCGGGCAAAUGUGGUGGCCCAACAUCCCGCCUUCAAAGAAGCGUUCAACUGCUCGGCCGACAGCCGAAUGAUGCAAAGUGUCGAGAAACAAUGUCUCAUUUAUGGGGAAGACGCGCCGGAGACAAGAAGAAAGUUCAGACCGUCCCAUUGA